AGAGAGUCAGGACUCAGUUGCACCUCAGACGUGGAGACGUGAGGACGCUCGCCUCUGUGCUUGUGUGGCCCGACAGCCGUGCCUGAACUCGGUGACGCUGAGACCGACUUUCCAUGACAAAGCGCAAACAUUUUCAGGAAUAAUUGUGACGGAAAGAAUUUUCAAAGGCAAGCCCAAGGGAAAGAUAAUGUAGUGGCCAUAGAAGCGAGUGAGAAAAAAAGAAGCGGCAUCUUCAGGAGCGAGUGACAGAUAGAGUCUAAGACGCCAUGAAGGAGGAGGAACUGCUGCCCCGGGAGACGCCGACGAAGGAGGGCGUCCUGGGCAUCCGGGGGCGGCCCCUCCUGCUGCCCAUGCUCUCCGCCUUCCUGUGCCUCCUCGUGCUCGCCCAGGCCGCCUCCUUCUUCUUCCUGUUCGGCCGAGUGGAGGAGGUGCGCGGGCGGGCGGAGGCGGUGGAGGCGACGGGCAAGAGCAGACACGCCUACCUCUCACGGGAGCUGGUGGCGCUGAAGGAGCAACUACGAGCCGUCCGGAGCCAACACACAGUCCCCGCCCCUCCGCACCCGCCGCCCACCAGCACCGCCAGGUCCGACGCCCACCGCGGCUCCCACGCCCACCACAAGCCCGGCCACACGCCCGACGGGAGGCCCAGCGGCCACAGGAGGGCCAAGCGAAGGGCGUCGGACCCCUCCUAUGGCGUGAACGGCGAGGUGGGCGAGGCGGACGGCGAGAGCGGGGAGCUCAGCGUGAAGCCUCUCGGCGAAGGAAGCGACAACAGGAGCGGCCUCGACGAGUCCUGGCUGCAGCUCACGUCCUACUCCAGAAUUCCGUACAACACCAUCCAGGAGUUCUGCAGCAGGACGCGAGCCUCGUGCCCUCCAGGCCCCGACGGACCAGAGGGGCCCCCCGGCGAGCCCGGCAGCGACGGCGAGCGGGGCGACCGCGGCCUUCCAGGCCUUGCAGGACCCAUGGGGCCACGGGGGGAGAGGGGCUUCCCCGGGAACCCAGGCAUCACAGGGCCCAAGGGCGAGAAAGGAGACAAAGGUAGACCAGGAAUGGACGGCCGGGAUGGGCUUCCAGGCGAGCCGGGUCUGGAUGGAAUCCCGGGAAGGAAUGGGCUCAACGGCAUCCCGGGGGUAGAUGGUAUCCCUGGCAGGAACGGCGAGAAGGGCUACAGUGGGAGGGACGGAAUUGACGGAAUUCCCGGAGGAAAGGGCGACAAAGGCCCACCGGGACAUCCAGGUACCCGAGGUAUUCCUGGACCCCGAGGACGAUCAGGCAACUCAGGUGAAAAAGGUGAAGCGGGGGUUCCUGGUUUGAGCACCUGGCUUAUCAACGGUACCGAAGUUGAGAAGCUUCUUAUUCCACCAGAAAUACCAGGGUCGACCCGCAAGAAGCCCAGACGUCGUAAGACUAUCAUCGUUCGCGAGGGAGACAACCUGCGCAUGCGCUGUAACCCGACGGGAGAACCUCGGCCGCAGGUGGAGUGGAGCAGGGAGGACGGGGGGGUCAUUCCCACGGGCCAGUGGAAGGACAGCGGUCUUAACAGCCGGAUCCUGAAUUUAACGCACGUCCGCCGAGACCACACCGGAACCUACCUCUGCCAGGCUUACAACGGGGUGCCGCCCUCCGAUUACAAGAGUUUCAAGGUAGAAGUUCACUUUGAACCGUACCUGCGCAUUAGGCAGUGGAAGGUCGGGACUUACAACGGCUCAAAUGCCAGGCUCGAGUGCGAGGUCCAGGCCUUCCCACAGCCGGUGACCUACUGGGAGGACCAACACGGGCAUAUCCUCGACAACUCAAGCAAAUACUCCGUUGCUUAUCAUCCGAAUCCGAAUAUUUUGUGGAAGGUAAGUUCACGAAGACCACGUGUUUCGAGGCGCUUAUACCCGAGGUCAGCCAAGGUCAACGCUCACAGUUCCACGUGA